AUGUCUUCUUCCACCAGCCGUAGUUUCUCAUUGAACGCCAAGAUUGCCGAGAACGUUUUGGGUUUGAUUGGCCAGACGCCGUUGGUACAAUUGAAUCGCGUAACGGAAGGUUGCGUCGCGCAAAUAGUCGCCAAACUGGAGAGUUCCAAUCCAGCCAAUUCCGUCAAGGAUCGCAUCGCCCUCAGUAUGAUCACGGAAGCCGAAAAGCGGGGCGACAUCAAGCCGGGGAAAACCAUUCUCGUGGAACCCACCUCCGGGAAUACCGGUAUUGGACUCGCCAUGGUUGCUGCCGCCAAGGGAUACAAGCUGAAGCUCACCAUGCCCGAGUCCAUGAGUAUGGAACGGCGCGUCCUGCUCAAAGCCUUUGGAGCCGAUGUUGUUUUGACACCCGCAGCCAAGGGAAUGGGAGGAGCCAUUGCCAAAGCGGAAGAAAUCGUCAAUUCUCUCGGAUCCGACGCCAUGUUGCUCCAGCAGUUCAACAAUCCCGACAAUCCGAAAGUGCACCGCGAAACCACGGGCCCGGAGAUCUGGUCCGACACCGACGGUGAGGUGGACAUUAUUGUUGGCGGCAUCGGUACCGGCGGGACCAUUACUGGCUGUGCGCAGUACCUCAAACCGCUCAAUCCCAAGCUCCAGGUAGUCGCCGUCGAACCCACCGAGUCAGCCGUCUUGUCCGGCGGCAAACCCGGUCCCCACAAGAUUCAAGGCAUUGGUGCCGGCUUCAUCCCGGGCAACGCCGAUACUUCCUUGCUCGAUGAAGUCGUGCAGAUCUCUGGCGAGGACUCCAUGGCCAUGGCCCGCAAAAUGGCCACGGAAGAAGGUAUCUUUUGCGGCAUUUCCAGUGGAGCCGCCGUUUUGGCCGCCAUUCAGAUUGGCAAGCGUCCAGAAAACGCCGACAAGCGUAUCGUGGUGAUUAUUCCUUCCUUUGGCGAACGUUACUUGUCCACCGCUUUGUUUCAGGACUUGUGGGACGAAAUGGCCGCCCUUAAACCGGAAUCCGUCGGGGUCUAA